UCGGAUUUUAGUGGACGUGUGGUAAAUAAUGAUCACUUUUUGUACUGGGGUGAUGUUACAAAAACUUCUGAAGAAGGAAUUGAUUUUACAUUCCAAGUUAUUGAGCAAACUGAGUUUAUUGAUGAUUCUUCUUUUCAACCAUUUAAAGGAGGAAAAAUGGAACCCUAUGUUAAAAGAUGUGCAGGUACAAAACUCACUUCGGCUGAAAAACUAAUGUACAUAUGUAAAAAUCAAUUAGGCAUUGAAAAAGAAUAUGAACAAAAAGUAUUACCUGAUGGUAAAUUUAAUGUUGAUGGUUUUUUGUGUGUAUUUGAUGUCAGUGUAGUACCUAGUCGUAGUAUAGAAAAACAAUUAGAAGCUGUGACAAAUAUAUUACUGAAUAUAAUAAAAACAAAAAAACCUGUGGUUAUAGUAACUACAAAAAAUGAUGAAUUUAAUGAAGCUUAUGUUAAAGAAGUAGAAAAACUUGCAGCACGCAAAGAAUUCAAAGGGGCCAUUCCAAUAAUUGAAACUUCAGCUCAUCAAAAUAUAAAUGUUGAUACUGCAUUUAUUGCACUUGCUCAUCUUAUUGAUCGAUUUAAAGGUCGAACAAAAAUAGUACCUUAUUUAGAAGCAGUUCGCAUGCGAAAAGAACUAUUAGAUAGCACUACUGAUGCAUAUCAAACAUUGAUUCAUUCACAAGUAACUGAUUAUCGUGCUUUAUGGAGCCAAACUUCAAAAAAAUUAAUGAAGUAUGAUGAAUAUGUGAAAUAUAAAGAAAUUUUUGGGUCAGAUAAAGCUCAACGAAUUUUUAGGCGACAUGUUAAAAUGUUAAAAGAUGAACAAGUAUCUAAAAGAGUUCAAAAUUAUAUGGAAAUGUUGCCUGAUAUUUUACAAGAAUUAGUACCUGAGAUUUCUACGCUGAAAGAUGGGGAUUGGCCAACUGUUCAAAAGCAUAUUAAGGAGCAUCCUGAAUUUAACAAUUAUUUUUAUAAAUGUCCAGAUGAUAUUCCAUGGACAGAAUGUGAAUUAGAAAUGAAGGAAAAAGGUAGUGAAAGAGAUGAUAGAAGAAUUCCUUGUGAUGUUUUAGAAACUGGUGAAGCUGAAUCUGUGUUUAAAAAUCAUGCUAAUCAUUUACAGUUGGAAAAAAAUAGAAAAGAAUGGAAGAAACAAUUUAAACAAUUAUUACAAGAUGCUGGAUAUGUGACACCAGGCAAGCCAAUGUCUGAAGUUAGAGUACUGUUUAUGGGGCGUGAGUGUUUUGAAGAGUUGUCACAUGAUGAUUGCCAAUAUAUUUAUGAUAAACAUCAAAAAAGUAUUAUUGAAAAAGCAAAGCACAACUUUCAAGAAUUAUUGUUGGAACAUGCUAAUCUAUUUUAUCAUUUCAAAAGCAUAGCACCCACAGGAACAAUUACACAAGAUGAUAUUAAGGAAAUAACUGAUGCUUUGAAAGAAGAUUCUAGGUAUAAAGCUUUAGAUAGACUUGAUCAAGAUAGAAAGCUAAUGCUUUUCCAACAUUUGGGUUUUGUUCAUUGUCCUAUACGGGAACAUUGUCCUGCUUUUCCUAAUUGUAUGGACACAUUAAUUGAAAAACUACUGAGUGAUAGAGUUCAAAGACCUACAUCUGGAAAGAAUAAUCAAUGGACAAUAAAAUCUGACAAUAACUUAAAUUUAGUAAUAUUAGGAUCUAAUGGAUUAGCAGAAGAAUUUUCAAUCAAAUUAAAAGCACAAUGUGAUGAUGAUGAAUAUGAACUAGAUAGUCAAGUAUAUAGACUUAAGUAUCGAGUAAUUAACGGUGAUGUUAACUUAUCACAUAAUUCAUUUCAAACAUCUGAUUUUAAACCUAAUGGUUGUGUUUGUGUAUACUCUAAUUCUAAAUCUUUUGAGUAUAUUAGAGAUAGUCUUGAAAAAACUUUACUUUCUAAUUUAAAACAAGAUGAUAAAUUGCCAUUUCAAGGUCUACCAAUUGUGCUGUUACAUAUUAGUGAAUUUGGUAGUGGUCAGAAAGAGCUAACUCUUCAAGCAGAGGGUCAAAGUUUAGCUGAUAGUUUACAAUGUUCAUUCAUUAACAUCUCUAUGGAAGAUGGGGAUACUUCAAUGUUUAAUGUAGACUUAAUUUCUAAUGCAAUGAAAUUACUUAUACAAUGUAUUACUCACAGAGAUGGCUUCAUAAAUGAAAAUCAAUUAAUUAUGGAUCCAUCAGAUCCUGAUAUACGGAUUAUAAUGUGUAUGUUUUGUGGAGAUUCAUAUUCUAUAGACAGUAUACUAGCACCUUUAUUAAAUCACCAAUGUUGCUAUUUAAGUGGAGAUCGAAGCAUUAUUUUAGAAACUUUCCUUGGUACAACUAAACGUAAAAUUGAAGUUAUUAUAUCAUCUUAUCAUGGUGCAAAUGCAUUUCGAGAAGAUCUAGUACAUGGAUUUAUUCUUACUUAUUAUGCUAAACGAAAGGCAUCAUUGUCAACCUUAAAUGGAUUUUCAUGUAGUUCAUUUUCUAAUAAUACUCCAAAUUUACCUAUUCAAAUAAUGGCCAUUACAGAACCAGUAGGAACUAAUUCAUUCCAUAAAAAUGAUCCAAGUCUGCAGUUAUUAAAUGAUGGUAGUUCUAUUGCUGAUCAACUAAAGGCACAAUUUAUUACUAUUAUAAAUUUUUCAUCACAGAAAAGCUCUUUUUAUGCUCCAUUCUUUAAAGAUGUUUGGGAUAAAAAGUCAGAGAUAGAACAAGCCUUCCAUAUGGAAGAACCCACUGUUUAUAAACAAUUCAACUCUUCUUUGAAAAUGAAUAUAUCUUCACAUGAAGGAAGCAGUAAUAAUUUAUAUGCAAGAUUACCAUCUCGGAUGACUCAAGAUGAUGAAAGUUAUUCGUUAAUUCAUUCAAAUGAAAACUUAAUGAGUCCAAGUGAUGAUAGUGAUACAUUUUCACCAAUGGAUAAUAUGCUUCUUAAUCCUAGUAGUAAUAAUUUGGAUAAACAAAAAGGCUUUCAGGUGUUUCCUCAACCUACAACCCCACCUGAACCAGCUCCACCUGAUCAUGCUGGACCUCUUGGUAUCAACAACAAUUCACAGAUGAUUGCUUCCAACUCCAGUCUUGAUGAAAUAACAUCCGAUAUUAGUGGAUCAAGGGAGUCAUUAGCAACACAUGACUCAGGAUGGGUAGAUGAUUCUGUAUUCAUGCAGCAUAGUCAAAAUGAAAAUCCUUGGAUGAACAGUUAUUCCAAACAUGCCUUUACAACAGGAAGACAUCAUAUAUCCAAGUCUCGUUAUAAAAAUAGUAAUCAUACAAUGAAGCAACCAGGUAAAUUGAAUAUGAAUGAUUACACACUUGUCACAGAUGCUAUUUCUAGAAUGAAUCUAAUAGGUGGAAAAGAUCAUUAUAGUCGACCUUACAAUAGUAGUGGUUCAUCUUAUAGUUAUGCUCCAUUAGCUACACCUGAAAAUGUAGAUUUAGGUUCUGAAUAUGCUCAGGUUAAAGAUAUAGUACCUGGUCAUUAUCCAUUUGAUGGAGAUUAUUCUUAUUCUCUUGUUCAAGAUAGUUUAUCAAGCUCUAGUAAACAUAAAAUAAGGCUUCAUAGAGAAAAAGGAAGACCCAACUAUUCAGAUUCUGAUAGUGAUUGGAGUUCAAUGGAAAGACGAGCAGAACCAUUAUUUAAUUCUUCUAAUGAAACUUUUUCAAAAUUAAAAUCUCGCAAAACUGUCACUCAAAAACGACCUAAGAAAAAAAGAAUUGCUAUUCCUGUUGCAACACCUAAGGUUCCUUCAUUUAACCCACCAUCAAAUGGAUCCACUAUAGGUUUUAGUUCUCUGUCUUCUCAACAUGGCACAUUUUACUCUGAAGAAAAUUGCGAGAUUAAAUCUAAUAAUAAUGUUUCAUCGCCUCAUUUGUUAGUGGCAAAUUCUGAUUCAUCUAGUGAUAAUUCUGAUGAGAAACCUACUGUUUGGGCACAUCCUUCUGCUAGACAUCUUGAUAAAAGAUCUUUACGGUAUAAAACAAAACAAAUGUGCGCUCCUAUUCCACCAGUAAUAUCUCCCGGUGCUAUAAUUAAUACAAUGUCCUCACAUAUUCAAGAAAUUAAUUAUAAUUAUGAUGAGGAAUCGAGUUUAGAUAUUUCUUCUCCAAGAUGCCUAAAUUCUCCAUCUGUAAUAGGAAGUUUAAAAGGAAAAGAUGAUGACAAAUCAUUCAGAAGAAAAGAAAAACAGAGAGUUAAGGAAGAAGUUAAAAUGGAAAAAAGACGUUUAAAAGAAGAAAAAUUGAGAAAAGUAGCUGAAGACAGAGAGAAAAAAAAGAAAAAUAAGACAAAAGUAGUUGGAGGCUCACCUAUGGCACAUCAACCUAAUUUGGAAAAUUUUAUUCAAUCAGAAAAUAAUGCUAUACCAUUGUUGCUGGAAAAAUGCGUUAAAUUUAUUGAAGCUGAAGGUUUGGAAUCUGAAGGAUUAUAUAGAGUUCCGGGCAAUAGAUCUCAUGUUGAACUUCUCUUUCAGAAAUUUGAUGAAGACAACAAUAUAAAUAUUGCUGAACUUGAUAUACCAGUUAAUGCAGUUGCUACAGCAUUAAAAGAUUUCUUUUCUAAAAAAUUGCCUCCUCUAUUUACUGAUGAUUUAAUGGAUGAAUUAGAAGAUUUAUCUGACUUUUUUGUUUCAGUUAAAGCAGAUAGAAAUUGUCGGUUAAUGGCAUUGAGAAACUUAUUGAAAAAAUUACCUCAUGUCAACUUUGAAGUGCUAAAAUUUAUAUUUCGUCAUUUUGUUAGGGUGGCCGAAAAUUGUAAAGCAAAUAGUAUGGAUUCUAAAAAUAUUGCAAUAUGUUGGUGGCCUACAUUGUUACCAAUUGAAUUUAAUGAUAUGGGACGAUUUGAACAACUACGGCCCCAUUUAGAAGACACUGUACAGACCAUGAUUGAUCAAUAUCCAUUUUUGUUUUGUGGAAAAGAUGCAUUUGUAAUGGUAUAAAAACUAUUACAUACUGACGAUAAGGAUGGACAAAAAAAAAAAUUUAAGAGUUAAUAAGUUAUUUAUUACUAUUAUAUAAUAAUUAAUAAAUUGACAUUUUCAUAGACAUUUUUGUAUCCAUGGUUUAAAAUUAAUUAACUCUAGCCAAAGAUAAAAUAUUUGUGUUGUUUUAUGUAUUAUUUUUUUUAAUAAAAUUUGAUAUAUAGAAUAAUAAUAAUAUUAAUUAAUAUAUAAAUUUACUUAAGUAUAAAAUUUUAAAAUAAUUUUUUAAACUAUUUUACAAAUAGCCGGAGAUGGUUUUUAUUUUAUAAAAUGCUUCUAGAGUAAUUUGCUAAAAAUUGAGAUAAUUUACAAAUGUAUUAAAAAAUUUUAAUAAAAUGUUAAAGAAAGUUUUAUAUUAACAAAUUAUGUUGGUGUAUAAUUUAAAUCUUUUAUUUGAUCAACUCUUCUUUGUGGUGCUUUCAUAUUAUUCUAUUUUUAAGUUGCCUGACUUUUAAAAUGUUUUAUUUGAAGUUACUGUAUUAUAGUUUUCUCAAAUAAUUGAUUCAUAUAAGUAAUUUAUACUAAUUAGUUGACUUGUGUAAUUUUUGGGUAGGCAAUAUUAAUUCAGUAAUAUUUGUUCUAUAUUACACUUAAUUUAUUUUAAUUGAUGCUUACCAAGAGUUACCUCUAGUCACUAUAAUCUUAUUAAUCUAUUCAUUAGAAAAAUUCCCCAUUAUUUCAAUUUAGUGU